AAAUUAUUGCUACAAAAUUAUUUACUACCACUUGAAAAGUAUUUAAAAUUAGCGCUAGGUGCUCAGGAUUUCGGUGUUUUCUUUUACCUUUGGUUUAUGUAUAAUUUCUCGGCAGUAAGAUUUGAACUUCACCUUCUGCUACAACCUACAUAGAUACGAGUAGACCUGGAUUGCUAAUGAAUACAAGUAUGCACAUUUUUUGCCCUUAGUUGCAGCUUAGAGCCUCGAAACAAGGGUCUCACUUCUGAUUGAUGCCAGUUCAUGUACAGGAGUGGAGAAAAUCGAUAUGCUUCGGUUGGAGCUCAGACUAAAAUCGAUUGAACAGCAGCGGUGGCAACUAACUUUACAUAAAAAUGCACAUGCAGCAGCACUCAGGCUUCUUAUGUACACGCAUUAAAAUCAGUCGGGGUUCGAUAGUGUUCGCCGGCUGCGUAUGUACUUUGCGAGCUGCCCACAUGUAUGCGUGUGUACAUAAGGACGUCACAUAAUCAUUAAAAUGCAUACUGCUGCACCGUGACCAGAAAUGCAUCCCGAUUGCACACACGCACAUCCACAAAUGUACAGCCCAAGCUAGACAGAAACAGUCGGUAACCAUGAAGAGGAAGGGAGAUGGCUGGACGAGGACAGAGGUGAGAGCAGGGGUGGGAGCUGGGGCCGGCCAGGAGGUGCUGGAGAGGCCUUGAAGUAGACAUUAAAUCAUGAACAAAUUUUCAUACCACCCACCAGGACCUGGUCUGCUUUGGUUGCAGCCAGGCGGCAGUGGGGUAAGUGGGGUGGUUCACCGGGUGGUUGCAGCGGUCAUCACUGCCGCCCUGCCGCCAUAUAAGGGAUGUUACUGCGGAAAGUGCAGCGAUGACCGGACCCGGAGCCAGACUCGGAGCCGACGAGCAACGCCGAGUGCAGCCGGACCAGCACUUGCUGCCCCUCGCAUGUCUGCCGAUGCGAAAGCUAUCAGGGGGUGGCGUAAGGGAUGAUGCACCGAAAACGCAUCUGAAGCGCGGCAUGGGCCAGACAUAUUUGGCUCGCACACAUUCUCGGAAUCGAAUGGUCUGUGGGCACCGACAGCAUGCAGUUUUAUGCACUCGAAAAAAAAUCAUGAAACACCUACCCCCUCUGGAUUGGAAACGGUUCCGCGUAAAGUAGCUCUAACCGUGUAAGAGUAAGGCUGCUUAUUUUGACGCGCUUGAUUGUUUUUAACACCUUUCUGAGCCGCCUAAUUGUUGGCAGUAAUGUUGCGUCACAAGGGCUGCGCUGAUUUUCAAAAUAAUUUGUACUAGCAUUGCUUCCAGUGUGCAACUGCAACUGCAAGUGCACAAACAACUGGCUUGCAACUGCAGUUGCCGAGAGCGCCGGCGCUGCACUGGCCCCCGUCCAGUGCAGAGUGCAAGGACCUGAAUCCACAUCCGUCGCUUUGUCGCUGCAGUCGCUGCCGCUGCUGUCACUUUUUGUUUAACACACACAAUUUUUAUCUUAUAAUAAGCACACCGCUGACUCCCAGUCAUUCUCCCACUCGGGGCCCGCCUGUCCCUUUUCCCUUCUGCGCUCUGGAUUCGCCAUUCUCCAGCUUCCCAAACAACGUAUUGCUGGGAAGAUGAUUUUUAUUCUCAAUUAUUUUGGAUGCGGCAUUCACAAACGCAGUAUUCCAUGGAGUAGAACAGCCGACUGCGGAUCGUCCUGACCUCGCGGAGCAUUUUUAUUUUAUCAAAUAUCAUCAUAAUUUAAAAAAACAAUAGACCAGAAAACGUUUUUAACAUAAAAGCAGAAUCCGUAACAAGAGAUAAAAUCACCCAACUUAACUCAACUCAACUCAACUCAACUCAACUCAACCAUCUUUUAGUUAUAAAAGCAAUAGAACAGAUGCCAUUAAAUCUCUCAUUUUUUAACACAUUACCGACAAGGAAUAACACCAUCAACUUCAUCACAGGCCAAGAAAAUUAAAACAACCAAUUUGAUAUAAACCAACAUAAAAGCCGACCAACGAGAACAAACCGCUAAAACCAUAACAAAUUUUUAUGUUAGAAAAAUGAAACAAAAAAAAUAAUAUACAACAAAAAAGUGUUGCAAAAUUGAAAUCAAAAGUACAAAACCACAUAAAUAAAUUACGAAGAAUUAUUAUACAACUAUUACAAGUACUAACGAAACUCAAAAACGUAUUAUAAAAAAUUGUAUCAGAAUAUGCUUUUUAUCUUUCAAAGAAAUACACUUCUGUAGGUUUGAGUGAGGAUUGCGGGAAGACUUGAAAAAAUCCGACAGAGGCUACGGAUCGAUAAGAUACAAAUUUAUUUUUGUAUAUAAUAAAGAAGUAAUUUUAAUUGUAUUAAUAGCUAACAGCUAAGAAAGCUAUUUAAUUAAACAUAUAGACCAAAGAAUUGGGUUUUCGGGCUACACCGAUAUAAGUAAUUCGUGACAAAGAGUACAUUCCCACAGCUACAAAAUACAUUCCCUGAAUGCUUACUCAAUACACACUGACACCGGAACAGACAGUUUGGAAUAUCACAUACCCUACAGCUAGCACUUUACAAAAAACUGGCUAUAUUCAUGCCGUGGCAUUCUCAUGCAACUACACACCAACACAAAAAUCAGGAUAAACCUAUAGCAAUACAAACAAUUUUCAAAAACAAUAAUUGUAAUUAUUUGAUUAAACCUGAAGAGAGAUACGGAAAUUAUUGUAGGUCACUGUACGUAAACUAAAAUAUAAGUAGUAUAGUUGUAUAACACCACUAAUUAAGCCAUUACAAUUUCAUAGAACAACAGAAUAAUGGGAGAUUUUUUCAACUGGGUAUACAUUUAGGUCGAUUGAAACAACAAAUCUUAUAGUCCAUUUUUGGAGAUCCUCGAAAUACUUCCAAAUUUUAUAAAACUAUAUUUUUAUAUACCCUAAAUAAGGAGGAGGAGGAACAUAAAUAUCUGUAGUUGCGAAAAACGGAAAUCCGAUAGUUUAGUGAAAACCCUGGGCAUAAAAAUAGGUAAAGGUAUCGGGUAACAAAUUGUGAUGUAAAUUUAAAAAAAUUUAAGCUAGUAAGAAAGAGAAAAUCCAAGUAUAAAAUAAAUCAGUUUGGCUCCAUGGCUGUUUGGAGGAAGUUACACCGAAAAUAGGCGAUUAAUGAGUUUUCAUAAUCAAUAUAUCGCGACACCGUAACGUGUGCCUUAUUCCGGCCUUAUGUUUAAAGGACUUUCAAUAACACAUCAAAAACAACUUAUACUAAGCCCAUAACCACACCAACUAUAAAAUCGUCGCCUGAAAAGUCCCUAGGAGCAAGAUAUUCUGCGAGCACUUCACUUGGUGGUAGCUCCCCGUCACCUGCGCCGCCGCUGUCAUCGUGUUGUAACCACAACAGAGGAUCAAUGUUUAUGUCCCAGGCAGUGGCAUGACAUGAAGCUAAAAUGCUUUAGCCAGGACCUUACCACUGGCAGUUGGCAGAGCAGAUCUCGGUCCAGGAUCGAAAACAAAGGUCUCAUCGAUCGGUCCGACUCACAACCAUUUUGCUACGAAUGUUCAAGAUGGACGCCGCAGACUUCUGGCAGCAUGCACGUGCCCCGUUCAGCCUGCAGUACAAUUCGCCGAAUCAGCCGCAAGCACCCCACCACACCCUGCACCAAUCCCUUCCGCAGGAGCACGAGGUGUUGGCCGACGUCCAUCCAGGAGGCCCAGCCACCGGCUCGGGCGUAGUAAACAGCAGCAGCUCUAUUGGCGUAUCCAGCCCCCACUCUGCUCUGGGCGGCAAGGCCGAGUCCAGCCACAUUCUGCAGCAGCACUCAGGGCAGCAGUCCUACGGGGGCGACUCCUUCCGAGGCUCACAGUCGCCCCAGCUAAGCAGCCACCACCUGUUGUUCAACGCAGCUGCGGCAGCUGCUGCGGCGGCCCACCUGAAGUCCACGGCCAUGCAGAACAACCUCUCGCCGAUGAGGGACCAGGCCCAGAGUGACCAUCGCAACUAUGGCCACAGCCCCUUGACCGCCCUGUGUGGGAUCAAGCCCAAGCAGGAGAUAGACGCCAAGCCGACCCUCCAGCCGCUGAACGAGUGCCGCCAGCCGCUGGCCCAGGCGCAAUCGCAAUCCCAGCCUACGUACGGAACAAACUUUUACGACGUGGGCGAAGCGACGGCGGGCGAUGUCUCCGAGGCGGAUGGACGAGCGCUGACCAUUGGGCUCGGCAUCCCAAGUAAGAGGACCUCCGAGGAGACGCAGGCCGGUCUGCAGACCCAACAGACGACGGGGGCAGACCGGGGCUUGCAUACCCCGCAGUGCCCUUCUAUGUCUCCCGGGACUGGGGGCAGUUCCAACUCAGGUACGGGAACCAGACCCGAUCCAAUACAGAUCAACAAGACCCUGUCGCAGGGUCAGCAGUCUCCUCAGCACUCCACAACGGCGUCCGGCGGCACCACGACUCCCGACAUUAAGUACAGCAACGACAAAAUGGCUAACGAAAUUCAGCUUCAGCUAUCCCGGUCGAGCAGCGCAGCCGCGAUCAGUGAACGCACCCUUGAAGAAUGUUGGUCAACCCUGCAACGACUUUUUAUGCACAAAAGCGCGAUGCAGCAAAUACAGCAGCAGAUUCCCCGAGUCGGCCUUGGAACCCACGGCGUGACCGGCACAGCUAACUUGAGCGGCAAUAUCACGCCUGGCUCGGAUACAAAGCCGCACCAGUGCCAGCAAUGCAUGAAGAGCUUUUCCAGUAACCACCAACUCGUGCAACAUAUCCGGGUGCACACUGGAGAGAAGCCGUACAAGUGCUCCUAUUGUGAUCGUAGAUUUAAGCAGCUGUCGCACGUCCAGCAGCACACGCGCCUGCACACAGGAGAACGACCCUACAAAUGCCACCUACCAGACUGCGGAAGAGCCUUCAUACAGCUUUCGAAUCUGCAGCAGCAUCUACGAAACCACGACGCUCAGGUUGAACGUGCAAAGAACCGCCCCUUUCACUGUAAUAUUUGUGGCAAAGGAUUCGCCACUGAGUCUAGCCUGCGCACCCACACAUCUAAGGAGCUACAGCUGCAUCUUGGUGUCUUGCAGCAGCACGCCGCACUAAUAGGUGGCCCAAACGCUACGUCCUGUCCUGUGUGCCAUAAACUUUUCCUUGGCACCGAAGCCCUUGUGGCCCACAUGAAGCACGUUCAUAAAGAAAAAAGCCCCCCGCCAAGUGGAUCAGCCCUAUCCCAAUUCAGUGAAAUAAAUCCGGGAACUAGCAGUGGGAACGGAAAUGGGAGUGGAAUUGCCAACGAUCAAAUUUCUGCGCACACUACAUCGGAUUCGAGCUGCGCGCAGAGCUCCAAUCAGGCCACUGCCGGUGGCCCCAACUUAAUCGACAGCUAUUUGGGAAAGCGAAGGACAGCAAAUCAUCCUUGCCCGGUGUGCGGUAAACAUUACGUCAAUGAGGGAUCCCUUCGGAAACAUCUAGCGUGCCACGCCGAGACCUCCCAACUAACAAACAGCCUGCGAAUGUGGCCUUGUAGCGUUUGCCAGGCAGUCUUUACUCAUGAAAAUGGCCUUCUUACCCACAUGGAGUCGAUGCGCAUGGAUCCAAAACAUCAGUUCGCGGCUCAAUACGUUUUGUCUCGAGCGGCUGCGGAGCAGCGAGAACGCGAAUCCAUGCUAGCGGUAACCUUGGCCGCCAGCAGUGGCACUAGCGACAGAAUGGGGAUUUCAGAUGCCGCGAACGUCCUGACAAUGGGAACACACAACUCCGAGGGGUCUAACUCGAAGUGUCCUUCCCCUUCGGUGAACUCCGAAUGCUCUUCUAACGGACGUUUAACGUCAUCAACAGCAUCUGAUCAGGACCAAGACAUCGACCAUGGGCUGAGUGAAAACGAGAACAGCAACCAGAACAUCACCAGCAGCACAAAUAACAACAAUAAUUGCACCAACAACAACAGCACGGCCUCUAAUAAAAUGGUUGAGCUUCGACUUCAGAGUUCUGGCCAGUAUACCAUGGAUACGGAUCUGCACGUGGCUAACCGAAUGUCGUUGAUGGCCGCGGCUGCUGCUGCCGUUGCUGCGUCACGACCGCAGGACGGAGUGGACACCACAGCAGUGCCGAGCGCGGCAGUCCAAGCUGCUGUGGUCAAUUUGGCCGCUGCCAUGCGAAUGAACAAUUCCAGCAACGGCCCUGCCGCCUACCAACAGCAUCACGGUGAUCACACUCAGUCACACCAUCCACUCCCGCACCCGCACUCACAUCCGCAUACGCAUGCACACUCUCAUCACCAUCAGCAGCAGCAGGCGCCUCAGCACCAACAGCAACAAUUGUCCCAUUUGUUGGUGCAUACUCACCCCAGCAACAGCCACACCCGCUCUCAACGAUCUCCAAAUUUGAAUGUGCCAAAUUUGCAGAGCGAAUCAUCUGCUGCCGCAUCGAUCGCAAUGAACAUGAACGUGCACAUGAUGCGUGGUUCACUUGAGCCAGACCCUGGCCUAGGAGGAAUGCAUGCAAUCGAAGUUCUCCACCAGCAGCAGCACCAUCAGCAGACGUCCAACUACUCUCAGCACGCCAUCAGUCCCACCAACCAACAGGCUCAUCCCCACCCCCAGGCGCACAACACACCCCACCACCUCCCGGAUCCGGAGACAGCGCUCCGGAUGCAUCAGGCAGAGGCGAUUUUGCGCUCGCACACCGAGGCGGCGUUCCGACUGGCCACUGGCACUGUUCCUGUUCCUGGAUCCGGAGUAAAAAGUGAGGCAGACCAGCAGCAGAACAGUAAUAACGGCAACACUACUAGCAGUGCCACCAGCAACGACCAACAGCACCGAUUCCAUUCACACUCGCAUCAGCAAGAGCACCAACUGCCAUCGAGCUCAUGAAGCUCGGCGAUUGAACCCUCCAGGGCAGACGUAGCUUGAGGAUACAGAUACAAAAUCAAGUACAACGAUUUUCCUAUUGCGUCUUUUGCAGUGAAACAAUAUGGAUACAUACGAACACUUAAGCCUCUAUAAAUAAAUUAAUUUAUGGACGAGGUAUUGAUGUAAAUGAGAUUAUGUUUGUAUGUAAGAUUAAAUAGGCAACACAACCCUAAGUUAAACAGCGACCCCAAUUAGUGUGCAAUAAUAAAAAGUAAAGUCGAUGUCGACAGACAAAUAUAUGUAAAACUUUCGUGUUAUGUUUACGUUUAUUAUAAGAGUAAAGAUUAAUGCGCGAAAAUCA